ACUAUGGUUGUGAAAAAUGGCGGCGACCGGGACUCAACGAUUCCCUUCCAAGGGAUGUUUUGAUCUUAAACUUACCGUAUUCGAGGAGGACACGAUGACAAAGUUUAUCGUUUUGACAAAAGACAAGGCUUUUGGUGUGGACGACCCCAAACCAGGAUCCAAAAAAAUUAUGUGGGAGCUCCAAUAUGUUCCUUUUGAUGGAAUACCCUUCAUGGUGGUGGGAAGAAGGGUCUACUCCUGUCACCAAGGGGUAGACAAGCACAAACAUGAAAAACAGACUAGACAACUACAACUGCUUGAUGACCGCUCAGACCAUCAAUAUAAAGAGAGACGACGUCUUCUUCAAGACUCGAAGAAACUGGGCUGCCCUGCCAGAAUAUAUGUGGUUCAUCUUAUCAGAUUCCCUGAUUACAAGAUACCUGAUGACAUUCAUAAACAGAGGAAGGAGAGCUCUGGGAGUCUGAGACGUGCCUUAACAGCAAACCCAACAGCAGUGAAGUUUGAGGAGCAAUAUGUUGCCCACUUCCCAGAGAUUGAGGAGCACAAAAACCAUCCUGUGGUAAAAGAGCUGUCCAAAGGAGAGACUGCCCCUCCACCCACAAGGAAAAGGUUUUACGCCCUUGACACAGAUAUCAGAAAUAUAAUCAAGUCGACAAAAGACAGCAAAAGGCAGUCAAGCAUUGACCAAGUCCAUCUGCAGGGCCUGGUGGACAAUUGGACAACAAAUCAUGACUGUCUGAUCAAAUACCGACCCGGUCAGAAAGAUGAUGAUGGCGACUCCACUAAGCUGCUUUUCUGCCUGCAGACCACAUGGCAGCAAAGGCUGCUGCAUCUGUAUGGGCAACAGAUGUGCCUCCUUGAUGCUACGUACCGUACCUGUCAGUACCCUGUGCCCCUUUUCUUUCUGUGUGUUCGCACAAACGUUCAUUACGCUGUGGUUGGUGUUUUUGUUACCCAAACAGAAACAACAGCUGACAUUAGGGAGGCCCUUGCUGUGUUUAGGGAGUGGAACCCUGAUUGGAAGCCAAGCCACUUUAUGGUUGAUUACAGCCAGGUGGAAAUUGGUGCGCUGGAGGCUGAGUUCCAAGAGUCUGAAGUCCUUCUGUGUGACUUUCACAGAGAAAAAGCCUGGGUUAAGUGGAUCAAGAGAAAAGACAAUGGCUGCCAUGAAGAGGUGCUCCCAUUCCUCCGGUCUAUUGCAGAGUCGCCCACAGAGGAGGAGUUUGCACAACGUUGUCUCCUGCUCCAACAAACCAAAGCGUGGCAGGAGAAUGAGAAACUGAGGAGGUGGUUCUUAAAGAAAUGGCUACCCCAAUCCAAAAGAUGGGUUAAUUUCUUCAGAGAAGAAAGUCUCAGAGUGGUCGUCUACACCAGCAAUGGUGUUGAGAGACAAAAUGAGUUUCUAAAGCAUAGUAAUUUGAUGGACUACAAAAAUUGUAGUCUCACUGAAUUGCUAACGGUGAUUGUGACAGACUUCCUGCCAAGGUCAUAUAAAACGUACAUUGAACUCAAUGUGAAGUGGUCUAGCGAGUACCAAAAAUACAGUGAGACUCUACCUUUGUUCCUGAGAGACAGGCCUUAUGUUGUGGUUGACCACAUCAUGGAUCGCCAUCUUCAGGCCAUGUCCUACAGCCAAGAAGAUGUCACAGUGCACGGGGAUGGAGUUUUCAGCGUGAAGAGCCCGACUGCAGAAUAUCACAAGAUAUGUUUUGGCUCCCACACAACAAUGCCCUCGUGCACAUGUGAAGACUGGCAGAGGAACCUCCUGCCUUGCAAGCACUUCUGUGCUGUUUUCUGCAUGGUGCAGGAGUGGAGCUGGGAAAAAUUAGGAGUCACAUAUAGGGAUAACCCCCUAUUUUCCAUGGAUGUGGUGUGUUUAAGCAGUUCCACUCCUCUUAUAAACAGCAGCACUCCUCCUGGAGACACCAGGAAGACCAAAAAAAGGAAAAAGUGUGGGAGCUUACUACGGGAAAUUUCAGUUCUGACUUGCCACCUACAGGAUGAGCCAUUUCUGGAUACCUUGACUGUUCGACUGAAUGACCUUUUGGAGGAUGUAAGGUGCCAUGCCCCUCAUAAUGACAUCCUUUCCCUGUCUUACACUCCUCCAUCAAAAAAAAAAUAAUUUAGAUGACCCAAACCCCUCAGAAUGAUCCCCAAAAAACAUCCAGCCUCUGAAAGGUUUGGUCGUCGUGCUGAAGCAAUAAAAUCAGGCUUCAGGCUUGAAAUGCUA